ACCCCGCCCGCUGCCUGCUCAAGAUUGUGUCCCUGGGAUCGUGAGCUGUAGCUUAAAAAUCCCUCCCUUCCUCUGUUGGAUGUGCUCCGUGUGUGUCUCGUUCCCGCUUGUGUGUGAGGAUGCUUGGGGCUGUGCUAGCAUGAACUUGGGAGGGGUGAUGAUUUUCUGCAGAAAACCGUUUCUCUCCGUGUGUGUUUUUGUUUUUUGGUUUUUUUUGUUUUUCCCAUUCUACUUUCUCCUCUGCCUCAUCGUACCUUUUAUUUAUAAUGGGAGAGGACUGGGGCUGGAGGACCCUGAACCAUAGAUUCAUUGCUGCCACCAUCCUUUAGGAAGCUUAGCUUGGAAAAAGAGGAGUGAGAUUUAUUGCACUUGUAGGUCUAAUUAGGGGGGAAGGGGGGCUUCUGGCCUGUUCACUGGCUCCCUCUCCUCUUCAGGGAUCUGGGGCCGCCUCCUCCCGAGCUGUGGCCUUGUUUUCACCCCUAUACUUUGAAAGGAAAGUUUGUGACUGAACCCUGCUUUCAUAGUAGUGUCAUUUUUAAAGCUUGAUACUCGUUUUAUUUCUUCAUCAAACUCCACCCUCUGCUUAAAUACUGCAUACAAAUUACAAUUUACAACGGCAUUUACCGAUCCUUCUGAUCUGGCUAUAAUGCACAGACUGCAGCUGGCUUGAGCUUCUGCAUCAUUUAAUCGAUGUUUGCAAGCUCGCGCAUUCACUGGGCAAAGCUGGCUGCAGGUUGCAGUGGCAUCGCACAGGACAGACAUUAAUUGUAGUUCCUACUUUUUUUCAAUAUGUUUGGCUACUCGGUUCAGCGAGGAAGAAUGCCUCCAACCCAGCCCAAUCCAGGCCAGUAUGCACUCACAAACGGGGAUCCUCUCAAUGGCCACUGCUACCUGUCUGGCUACAUUUCUCUGCUGCUGCGCGCAGAGCCCUACCCCACGUCGCGUUAUGGCAGCCAGUGCAUGCAGCCCAACAACAUCAUGGGCAUCGAGAACAUCUGCGAGCUGGCAGCCCGCCUCCUCUUCAGCGCCGUCGAGUGGGCCCGCAACAUCCCGUUCUUCCCGGAUCUGCAGAUCACGGACCAGGUGUCUCUGCUGCGCCUCACCUGGAGCGAGCUGUUCGUGCUCAACGCGGCCCAGUGCUCCAUGCCCCUGCACGUGGCGCCGCUGCUGGCCGCAGCCGGCCUGCACGCCUCGCCCAUGUCCGCGGACCGCGUCGUGGCCUUCAUGGACCACAUCCGCAUCUUUCAGGAACAGGUGGAGAAGCUCAAGGCGCUGCACGUCGACUCUGCCGAGUACAGCUGCCUCAAAGCCAUCGUGCUAUUCACGUCAGAUGCUUGUGGCCUGUCGGAUGCUGCCCACAUCGAAAGCCUGCAGGAGAAAUCACAGUGUGCCCUGGAGGAGUAUGUGAGAAGCCAGUACCCCAACCAGCCCAGCCGCUUUGGCAAACUGCUGCUGCGAUUGCCCUCUCUUCGCACAGUGUCCUCCUCUGUCAUCGAGCAACUCUUCUUCGUACGUUUGGUAGGUAAAACUCCCAUCGAAACUCUCAUCCGAGAUAUGUUGCUGUCAGGGAGCAGUUUCAACUGGCCUUACAUGUCCAUCCAGUGUUCCUAGACUUUGGGUGUUUCCCACCCAAUCCUGCUCCCUGACUCCCUAGAGACUAAGAGGACUCUCCCUGACCAAGGACUAAAAAGCCUUUGGGGAUGCUGGUAUGAUGGACCAGGCAGGCCAGGCAGACGGGAGGAGGGCUGGGAACAAGAGCAGCCCACUCUGCAGGAAUGCAACCUGAGCUGCAAACCAGGAGAAAAGGAGACUCAUUUAGGAUCUGAUCUGUAAGUACAUUGGAAAGGAAAGAAAAAGGACCUCGUGUCUGGUGAGAAAAUGAAAAAAAAAAAAAAAAAAAGAACGAUUUGGAAGAGAGGACCAUGAGAAAUUUAAUAAAAUAGAUGGACCUUCCAGGAUUUAUUGUGGAUGGAUGUGGAUAUAUUCUGUACAGAAAACUACUCAUAUGGAAGUGGACUGAAUCCUAUGUAGAAACAUACACUGAACAUUGUUAUUCAUUUUGUAAAAUACUAGUGUUUAUUUUCAUUUUUUGUAAAAUUUAAACAUCGUAUGCGCAUAAACAAAAAUGAACAAGAAUUAGGGGGAAAUAACAUUUUCCAAAUAAUUAUAAAAAAUUUGUCCUGUGUCUAUGUAUCUAUAUCUGUUUUGUAUUUUUUCUGGUUCCAAACCAGAUUUCCUGUGAUUCUAUACUAAUAAUUUUUGAUAUAACCCUUUGCUUCUUAUAAUGAGUGCGAUAUAUGUUGUCGAGGCUGUUCUUCAAGAAUUAAAAUUGAAGUGAAAAUUUAAACAAAAAUAAAAGAAUUUAGCAAAA